CACGUUUCGCGAAGUAUCAUCUAAUUAUAGAACGAGCGACAAACGCGCGGGUGGGGAAAAGACGACAGAAUCACGGUCGUUCACGAAAUAUACGCGCAUGACGUCAUAAGGACGCCAGGAGUCUAGACAGUCGCGGAUAGUCCACGAUAUGAUUGACCCCCGAUGGAUUGUCACGUGCGUAAUCAACUCGCGACAGCGUACCUUCCACCUUCUGCGCUGACGUCAUCGUAAUCAUGUAUAAAACUUUCCCGGCGCCACGUUUAUCGGCUAGAUAAGUUUUGGCUGCUCCUGCGCCAUCAGUGUUUGUCUCUACGACUGAUCCAACGCGUCAAUAAAAAAAAUUGCAUUGUGGUGAAUCUCAACCAGUAUUCCGAUAGCAAAAUCAACACUCCGACAGUCACAUCAACGAGAGCGCAAAUUGUCGCGCAUUAGUGCAAAUCUUCCAGUGAUCCGUUUCGUUCACCGUAACAUCCAAUGAGACACAAUUAGAAAACAUGAUCGAGGCAAACGACUUGGACGAAUACUAUAACACUGUAGAAGAAUUGGUUCUGCACGCGGGAAAGAUAAUAGAAGAUGGUAUCAAUGCGAGAAAAAGCGUCAAGAGUAAAGGCAUUGAUUGGGAUCUUGUCACAGAAUACGACCGCAGAAUAGAGGACAAACUGAUAAAGCAGUUAUCCAUAAGAUUUCCAUCGCACAAAUUUAUUGGUGAAGAAACAGUAGCAAAAGAAGGUUGUCUACCGCAACUAACCAACGAUCCUACAUGGAUAAUUGACCCUAUAGAUGGCACCACUAAUUUCGUACAUCGUUUCCCGCAUACGUGCAUCUCCCUGGCGCUAAUGGUAAACAAGAAGACAGAAAUCGGUAUAAUUUACAAUCCUCUUAUGAGGCAGUUCUUUUCCGCCAGAAGACACUGUGGCGCCUUUCUUAACGGAAAACCCAUAAAAACAUCGGACAUUAGAGAUGUAUCUCAAUCAUUGGUGGCUAUGGAACCAUGGCUUGCGAAAGACCCUCAACAUUUAACUAGUGUGUACAGCAGAAUGCACGCUUUAAUACAAGGAACUCAUGGGAUACGAUCACUAGGUACAGCAGCACUUACAUUGUGCUAUGUAGCAAUGGGAGCUAUAGAAGCCUAUCAUAUCGAAGGUAUAGAUGCUUGGGACGUUGCAGCUGGGAAAUUAUUAAUUGAAGAAGCUGGUGGAGUUGUGAUAGAUACUGCUGGGUGUGAACUCGACAUAAUGACACCGAAAGUCAUAGCAGCAUGUAACCAAGAAAUCGCACAGCAACUUGUAAACCUCUUCAAGAAAGCUGACUCCGAAAUACUUAAUAAAAACUUAAAUUGAUUGUGUCUCGAUACAUGUAUCAUGUAUUUCUUAGGUAAUAUUAUAUAAUGCAUAUGCGCAUUUAUAUGCUAACUCAAAAAUACAAUAUUACCAAAUAUGACUAAGUUGCAUCCUACUUAUAAUUAAAAAUUUUCAUGUAAGAAUGCAUGAAUGUCAUGUGACUAUUUAAUAUGCAUGUAUUAAUAUAAUUUUGAUAAUAAUUGAAA